GCGAGCACGCGGUUCCAUUUCCAUCACAGCGGCCUGGCUGGCUGCUUUGGCUGAAAGGGCCGUGCGGGAAGCCGCCAACCACCGCGAAAGCGCCGGGGAGUCGGGCGAACGAAGCAAUCCAAGCGAACGAAACGAGGAAGAAAACAGCCGGAAAAGAGAGAGAGAGGGCCGGAGACCGCCGGACACAGGUCCUCGUCGGUUCGUCCCCUCCGUGGGACCGUUUCGCCGUCUCGUCUCGUCCCGACCUCGCCGCCCGCCCGCCCGUCCAUGGAGGCGCUGUGGAAGCAGGCCUCCAGGCUCAAGGACCAGGUCGCUCGGCAGGGUGUGUUCAAGCAGUUUGGCUAUGGGAAUUCUGAUAAUGCGUUUACAGACGAGUCAGAGGUUAAACUGCAUCAGAGAUUGGAAAAGCUUUACUUAUCCACUCGUGCUGCUAAACAUUUUCAAAGGGACAUUGUUCGGGGUGUGGAGGGCUAUAUAGUCACAGGAUCCAAACAAGUUGAAAUAGGGAAUAAAUUGUCUGAUGACAGCCAGAAAUAUGGUGUUGAAAACACAUGUACAAGUGGUGAUACUUUAUCCAAAGCUGCUACAUACUUCGGAAAGGCACGCUCACAGAUGGAAAAGGAGCGUGGCAACAUGUUGAAAGCGUUUGGCACACAGGUGGCAGAGCCACUGCGGGCAAUGGUAAUGGGUGCACCUUUAGAGGAUGCCAGACAUCUGGCCCAGAGAUAUGACAGAAUGAGGCAAGAAGCUGAAGCACAGGUUGUUGAAGUAUCAAGACGGCAGAACAGGGUGAGGGAAUCAGCUGGGAAUGGAGAUAUGAUAUCUAAGUUGGAAGCUGCUGAGUACAAGCUUGAAGAAUUGAAGUCAAACAUGGUGGGAUUAGGGAGGGAAGCUAUCGCAGCAAUGUCGGCUGUUGAGACUCAGCAGCAACGGUUGACCUUACAGCGUCUCAUUGCACUGGUUGAGGCUGAGAGAGCUUACCAUAAGAGAGUUCUGGAGAUACUUGACCAGUUGGAACAAGAAAUGGUGUCUGAGCGCCAAAAAAUUGAAGCACCCCCGACUCCAGCAGCUGAAAAUUAUAUGCCACCACCACCACCACCAUCUUAUGAUGAAGUUAAUGGAGCAUUUGCAUCCACUUCUGUUAAUGAGUCAGUCCAAUCUGUCGAUUUCUUCCUAGGAGAGGCCCUUGAUUCCUUCAAAGCUGAAAGUGAGUUUGAGCUUACCUUGUCAGCUGGUGACAUUGUAAUUGUCCGAAAGAUCUCAAGCAAUGGUUGGGCAGAAGGUGAAUGCAAGGGCAAAGCAGGAUGGUUUCCUCAUGCUUAUAUCGAAAGGCAAGAGCGUGUUCUAGCAAGCAAAGUUCCACAUAUCUUUUAGGAGUUUUGGGCUGUCACAUAACACGGUUUUCAUUUCUAUUAUUGGGAGCUGGAAUAGAAUCAUGUUUUCAUUUCCUCUUAGUUUCCGUGAUCUAUUUACCGGCUGUCAUGUACAUAGAUUAGAUUUUACUUCCUUUUUUUAGUCUGGAGAGGAUUUUGGAUGUAACAUAUUUUUGAGAGACCAAUUGGACACUGGUUGCCUUAAUAUUGUGAAAUAGUUAAAGUACCUGUUUUAUA